GCGGGGGGCCUGUGGAGUUGAGGGGCAGGUUGGUUUGAGUCCUCGCGGGCUGGCCGCGGUCAUGGCAGCCCCCGCUUUCCGACUCCCGCCUUUGCCCACGAUUCGAGAAAUCAUUAAGUUGUUCAGACUGCAAGCAAUGAAGCAGCUCUCCCAGAAUUUCCUCCUGGACUUGAGGCUGACAGAUAAAAUCGUAAGGAAAGCUGGCGACCUGACCAACUCUCAUGUCUACGAAGUGGGCCCUGGACCCGGGGGGAUCACAAGAUCCAUUCUCAAUGCUGGGGUUUCUGAGCUUCUGGUGGUUGAAAAAGACAUUCGAUUUAUUCCUGGGUUACAGAUGCUUUCUGAUGCAGCACCUGGAAAACUAAGAAUUGUCCAUGGAGAUGUGAUGACAUUUAAGAUAGAAAAGGCUUUUCCAGAAAGUCUUAAAAGACAGUGGGAGGAUGAUCCUCCAGCUGUACAUAUUAUCGGAAAUCUGCCUUUCAGUGUCUCAACCCCGCUGAUUAUCAAGUGGCUUGACAACAUUUCUCAGAGAGAUGGACCUUUUACUUACGGCAGGACCCAGAUGACCUUGACUUUUCAAAAGGAAGUGGCGGAGAGACUUACAGCCAGUACAGGGAGCAAACAGCGCAGCCGCCUGUCUGUCAUGGCCCAGUACCUCUGCCACGUGCAGCAUGUCCUGACGAUCCCAGGGCGCGCGUUCCUCCCCAAACCUGAGGUGGACGUGGGAGUGGUGCACUUCACCCCCCUGGUGCAGCCCCGGAUCCAGCAGCCCUUCAGGCUGGUAGAGAAAGUCAUUCGUAAUGCGUUUCAGUUCCGAAGAAAAUACUGCCACCGAGGAUUGGGAAUGUUAUUCCCUGAAGCUCAGCGCUUAGAAAACACUGGAAAACUAUUAGAGCUGGCAGAGGUGAACCCUACCCUCCGACCUGGCCAGCUCUCUGUCUCGCAUUUUAAGAGUCUCUGCGAUGUGUACCGGAAAAUGUGUGAUGAAGACCCCCACAUCUUUGCUUAUAAUUUCAGAGAUGAGCUCAAGCAAAAUAAAAGCAAAAAUCAGGAGAGAGGAUGAAAAUCAGGA